AUGGAACAAAAAUGCAAAAUCGGUGGUGAAGGUUUGAGAAAUCGAGGUUUAGUGAAUGAGGAGGACAGGAUCAGUGAGUUGCCUGAAGCGUUGCUUCUGCUCAUAUUGUCGUCACUUCCAACAGAAACUGUGAUUGCCACUAGUGUUUUGUCUAAACAAUGGAAAUCUCUUUGGAAGUUGGUGCCAAAUCUCAAGUUUGAUUCUAAGUAUCAUUAUCAUUAUACGUUUUCAGAUAAUGUUUUCAGGUCUUUGAUUUCACAUAAAGCUCCUGUUCUAGAUAGUUUGCAUUUGAAAGUUGAAGAUAAGGAUGAUGCUUUGGAUGUUGGGAUAUUGAUUGGAAUUGCAUUUUCCCGCCAUAUGCGUAAAUUUGUACUGAAAAUUACAUUGCUGGAGGAAAGCUUUGUAAGAUUUCCGAGUGCUUGGUGUAGUUGUAAUGAUACACUUGAAAUCUUGGAACUCAAGUAUUGCAUUCUUUUAGAUUUUCCUUCUCUGGUUUGUUUGAAGUCUCUUAGAAAGCUGUAUCUCUACCAUGUGAGAUUUAACGACGAAGAAUCCGUUUGCAACCUUUUAUGUGGCUGCCCUAGUCUUGAAGAUUUGGUCGUGCAUAGACAUAGCACGACCGAUGUGGAGAGUUAUACUAUUGCGGUGCCAUCAUUACAGAGACUAACCAUAUAUGAUGAUUACUAUGGAGAAGGUGUUGGAGGCUAUGUGAUAAAUGCUCCUUCUUUGAAAUACUUGAACAUCGACGGGUUUAAUGGUCUUGAGUUUUGUUUGAUUGAGAAGGCGCCAGAGCUAGUGGAGGCUAAAAUUAGUGCCGUUUUUGAAAUAGCCAAUGAGAACAUUAUGGACUCUCUAACUUCAGCCAAAUGUCUUUCCUUACACUUAGCACCUUUCAAGAUAAAGUAUCCUACUGGUAAAAUCUUCUACCAGCUUUUAUCGCUGGAGCUUCGUGCAUAUAGCUAUGAGUGGUGGAAUCUACUUUGGUUCAUGCUCGAUAGUUCUCCCAAAUUACAAAUUCUUAAGCUCGUCGAUCCAUAUCAGUUUCCUAAAGAAGAUUGUUCGGUGGGCUGGGAAUGGAGUCGACCCAAAUGUGUUCCUGAAUGUUUGUUGUUUCAUCUUGAGACAUUUGUGUGGACAAGAUAUGAGUGGCAACGAGAAGAUGAGAAAGCAGUGGCUACAUACAUCCUUAAGAAUGCAAGAUGCUUGAAGAAAGCAACUCUCUCCACAAAACCCAUCGGAUCUGAAGAGCUCGAGAAGUUGGGAAAGAGACGUGAGAUGCUUAACGAGUUGGCUACUCAGGCCAGCCCUUCAAAUUCAUGUAACCUCGUGUUCGAAUCCGAGUAA